AUGGCGGAGCACAAUUCACAACCCCACCAAAAACAACCCAAAUACAUACACCAGAAAGAUAGCUACACCUGCUACACCAGCAGCAGCACCAACACCAGCAGCAGCAGCAACACCAGUAGUAGCAUCGCAAGCACCAGCGCCAGUAGCAGCAACGCAAGCACCACCAACACCAGCAGAAACACCAUCACCAGCAGCACCACCAGAAGCGCCAGCAGCAGCGCCAGCAGCAGCAACACUUGGAGCAGCACCAGGAGCAGCACCAGCACCAGCAGCACCAGCAGCACCAGCACUAGCAGCACCAGCAGCACCAGCAGCAGCAGCAUCAACAGUAGCAGCAGCAGCGGCAGCAGCAUCACAACAUACCUGCGUGAGGGUAUAGGUAACGAUAAGCCAGAUAGCGAGGCAGCAAAGGACCUUGCAGACCCGCGUAGUGACAGAACAACGGAUGUCCGCUACGCACCUGAGCCCCCGCAGAAACAACAACAGCAGCAGCAACAGCAACAGCAGCAACAGCAACAGCAGCAACAGCAACAGCAGCAACAGCAACAGCAGCAACAGCAUCAGCAGCAACAACAGCAGCAGCAACAGUGA